CUUCAAGCCUCCCAUUCGCAUCGAUUAAGGUUUCAAGCCGAUCGGCUAUCAACUUUCAUCUUCCUCUUCAUCGCCUCUAUCUCUCUCUGUCGCGUCGCAUCAGAGCAUAGCAGAAUAUCAGUCGCAUAGCCUCUAUCUCUCUCUAUCGGGGCAUGAAGACGAAGAUAGAGUAGAUGAUUUGCCAUGAUGAGUUCAUAGGAGUGACUUCAAUUUUAAUUUGUUUCAUUUCAAUACUUAGAGUUCAAUAAGCCAAGAAAGCCAAUCAGGGCUAUUAGUAUUACACGUAGGAAAAGCAUGUUAUUGAACUCUUGCUCUCUGGCCCUUCCUUCUUCAAAUAUCUAUGUUAAACUGCCGGGUUACAGAUGCCCAGAAAGUGAAACUGGAGUAAAUUGUAAACGUGUGCAGUUUAGUUUCUCAAAAUUUGAUAAAAGUCAUUGGAAAAGCAAGUAUUUAUCUUCAAGGCUGUGUUUCAGCACUUCAAAUAGUGAAGUUCUAAUAAACACACCUGGGAUUGUUUGAGAGAAAGAUGCGGUGAUCAUUGUUGAUCAUGGAUCUCGUCGCAAGGAAUCAAAUUUAAUGCUAAAUGAUUUUGUUACUUUAUUUAGAGAUAAAACUGGGUACCCUAUUGUUGAGCCGGCUCAUAUGGUAAUUUUUUCUACUUCUCCUUUCUUUGCAUAAUCCAUGUAUUGGGGUUCUAGUUUAAUUUUUAUUUAUCCUAUGAAUACUUCUUUUCUUAAUGAGUUUGAAAAACUUAGUGUAAACUUUAUAUUGAGAGUGAGGGAGUAUGUGUUAAGGUUGAGACAUGUUU